AUGGAGUUGAUCUUUAAAGCUGAAGAUUUGCUGCCAGAAACAGCUUCGCUCACUGAGAACCUGGAAUUCAGUAAAGAAGAAGCACCCACAGUCUCUAGUAAGAACAUAAAAAGAAGCUCCUCACAAACCUCAUUGGAUACCAUUUCACUUGACAGCAUGAUAUUGGAAGAACAGUUGUUAGAAAGUGCUGAAAGUGAGAGUUUUCUGGGAAAAGGUAUUAAAAAGAAUUCAGGUACCAAUGAUCAGAACCCAGCAGAUAGUGCAAAUGCCACUGCAAACCUACAGAAUUAUGGUGAAACCUCUCCAGAUGCCAUCAGUACGAAUUCAGAAAAUGCUCAAGAAAACCAUAAUGGCCUGAUGUCAGUUGUGAUGUUUAAAAUUACUGGUGUUAAUAGGGAAAUUCACAUCUGAGGGGAAGAUACAGAAAUCUGUCUUCCAGUAGACCAAGUGACACCAGAUCAGUUAGGCAAUAUCAGUCUUCAGCAUUACCUUUCCAAUCAUUCAGUAGGUUCUGAUCAUAAAGCUGUUAUUCAUUCCAAAUCCUCUCCUGAGAUUAUUCUGAGAUUUGAAAGUGGUUCUGGUGCUGUAAUACACUCUUUGCUUGCAAAAAGAAAUGGAUUUCUACAAUGCCAUAUAGAAAACUUUAGCACUGAGUUUCUUACAUCUUCUCUUACGAAUAUUCAACAUUUUUUGGAAGAUGAUACUGUUGCAACAGUGAUGCCAAUGAAGAUACAAGUUUCUAAAACAAAAAUAAAUUUAAAAGAUGAGAGUCCUCGUGCUAGUACAAUAUCCCUUGAACCAGCUCCUAUAGCCAUUCACAUUGACCAUCUUGUGGUAGAGAGAAAUGACAAUGGCUCUUUUCCUAUCAGAGAUUCUCAGAUGCUUAACACUGGGAAUGAUUUGAAAGAAAAUCUCACAAGUGAAUCAUUUCUGCUUUCCAGUGGAAAGUAUGUUCUGAAGAAACAGCACAGUGUCACUCAAGCCACUCAGACAAGUCCAGAGGCGCCUUGGCCUUCUCAGUCAGUUCACUUUCCUGAGCACUCCUUCAACUUCACUCGGGACCAGCUCAUGGAAGAGAAUGAAUCUCUUAAGCAGGAAUUGGCUAAAGCUAAAAUGGCUCUUGCAGAGGCUCACCUGGAGAAAGAUGCUCUUCUUCAUCAUAUAAAGAAGAUGACAGUUGAAUAGCAGGAGUGGCAGUCAAAACCCAAAUUAUAGCUCUGGA